AUUAGGUACACCUUGGCAGCAGAAGCGAGACAUUCCAGGACAAUCACCCAUCCCAACAUGGCCAGUGCAGUUGGAAAAAUGUGGGAGAAAUAUUGUCUGCGCCCUGUUGGAGACUCCACUCCCACUGUUCUCCCAGUGUUUCUCUACGGAACAGCCUGGAAGAACGACAGGACAGCCGACUUGGUCUACACUGCGGUCAGCGCCGGUUUCCGCGCUAUCGACACUGCAGCACAGCCUCGUCACUACCGAGAACAUCUAGUCGGUGAUGGAAUCCGCAAGGCGAUUGCAGAUGGCGUUGUCCGUCGCGAGGACCUUUAUGUGCAAACCAAGUUUAGCCCUAUCUCAGCACAGGAUCCAGAUAAUAUGCCAUAUGAUCCAAAGGCCUCGGUGACCGAUCAAGUCCAUGCCUCCAUCAAGUCCUCACUGCAUAAUCUUCGUGCCUCCGAGGACCCGAAGACUGCAGAUGAUGCGUAUAUUGAUACGGUGGUAAUUCACUCUCCACUGCGGACUAUUGACCAGACAUUAGAGGCCUGGCUAGCCCUGGAAACCUACGUGCCCCAUCGCAUCCGCAAUUUGGGCAUCUCCAAUUGCUCUCUACCUGUGCUCCGUGCAUUGUUCACAGCUCCCGAGGUGAAGGUCAAACCGGCCGUGGUGCAGAAUCGAUUUUACGAGGACACACUAUUCGACACCGACUUGCGAUUUUUCUGCCGUGAGAAUCAGAUCAUCUAUCAGAGCUUCUGGACGUUGACGGCCAACCCGGAUCUGGUGCGGUCUGAACCGGUCCAGCGACUUGCCACUCAAGUUCAUAUCAGUCCGGCGGCAGCCUUGUACACCCUUGUGAUGGGGCUUGAAAAUAUCGCCGUGCUGAAUGGAACUAAGAACGAGGGCCGUAUGAAGGAAGAUCUAGCAGCUCCGUUUGCCGUGGACGAGUUUAUCAAGAUGCACCCAGACCAGUGGCAGGAGCUGCUGGAGGGAUUCCAGGCGAUCGUUGGAGAUUCUCACUGAUCAUUGUAAUUUCCAUGUCCAAGCAAGGAGAGACAUGAAAGACAGAGGCUCUAUUAUG